AUGGCUUUUCAAUCAAAAUGCACAUUUCAAAUAGGAGAUGCAGUCGAAGUGUGCUACAACUCGGAAGGGUUUCUUGGCUCAUAUUGGGAAGCAACCAUAGUCGCAAAUAUGGGUACCAACUACUUGGUUGAGUACAAGCAUUUUGUGGAGGAGCACGAUGAAUCUACACCUCUGAGAGAGACUGUCAAGGUGAAAGAAGUGCGGCCUCUACCACCUAAUAUCGUGCCUUCUAGGUAUUCUAGUCUUAAAGGGCAGAGGGUCGAUGCUUUUCUCAACGACGUUUGGUGGGUUGGAACUAUUUCCAGGAAGAUAGACUCUGAUUAUUACGUUGUUUUCUUUGAAAACACUGGGGAAGAGAUUGCUUGCCCACUUUCAAAGUUGAGGUUUCAUAUGAACUGGGUCAAUGAGCAGUGGGUUCCCUCCAUGAAAAAGCGUGCCCCAGUUUCUUCGAAGAGGUUCGCACCGUAUUCUUUGAAGGGGAGGCGUGAACAACUCUCGGCACUUUGA